AUGGGCUUCUCAAAGCCGGGUAAGUCCAUGGGGGCUUCGCUCACGAACAAGACGUCCAACAAGCUCCAUCGCAAGGAGAUGUACGUCCUGCAAAAGAAGGACAAAGACAAAGCCCAGCGCGAGAUGCGCUUCCGCCGCAAGAAGGAGGAGGACAAGGACCCCGAGCUCCGCGCCGCCCGCCUCGCAAAGAACAAGCCCAAGACGCUCGACAACAAGCGCGUCUGGGACGACGUCAACGACGACAGCCUGGGCAAGGUGGUGGACGUGGAGAAGCUCAAGAAGAGGAGGAUAGAAGAGGAGGAGAACGCCGCGCUGGAACAGGAGCUCAACGACGAGGAUGGCGGUCUCGAGGACGAUGACGAGGACGACAGCGAUAACGACAGCAUGCUCGACGACGAGGAGGACGAGGCCGCGGCCGCGGAGAAGAAGGCCGAGAGGGAGAGGCGGCGCGAGGAGAAGCGCCGCGCAAAGAGGGAUUCCUCCGCCGCGCCCUCGACGACCUCGACGAACCUCGACCUCACCCCGUCCUCCCUCGCCCUCAAGUUCCCCAGCCUCUUUUCCGAGGACGCGCCCCCGCCCCCCAAGAUCCUCAUAACCACCUCGCUCAACUCGACCCUCCACCACGAGGCCAACAUCUUCCGCACCGUCUUCCCAAACUCCACCUACGUGCCCCGCUCCGCCCACCGCUACGGCCACAAGUACUCCCUCCGCGAGAUCUCCAAAUUCGCCGCCAACCGCGACUACACCGCCGUCGUCCUCCUCAAGGAAGACCAGAAGAAGCUGACGGGCAUGUCCAUCGUCCACCUCCCCACCGGUCCCACCUUCAGCUUCACCAUUACAAACUUCAUGGAGGGCAAGAAGCUCCCCGGCCACGGAAACCCGACGAACCACUACCCGGAGCUCCUCCUCAACAACUUCAAGACCCCGCUCGGCAUGCUCACCGCCGCCCUCUUCCAGCGCCUCUUCCCGCCGCAGCCCGAGCUUGAGGGCCGCCAGGUGCUCACGGUCCACAACCAGCGCGAUUACCUCUUCUUCCGGCGUCACCGCUACGUCUUCCGCGAGAAGCGCGAGACGGAGAAGAACAUUACCACCGCCGAGGGUUCCGAGAUGAAGGGCGUUGAGGGCAUCCGCGUGGGACUGCAGGAGGUCGGUCCGCGGUUCACGGCCAAGCUGAGGAGGGUGGACAAGGGUAUCGGCAGGGCGGGCAGCGAGGGCGAGGAGUCGCAGCCGUGGGAGUGGAAGGCCAGGAUGGAGAAGGACCGUAAGCGGUUCCAGCUGUAG